AGGAGGGUUUUGCGCCAAUUUUCUGCGAUUUUCCGGCUGCGAAAUGCUAUCUUUUACUGCCCGAGGUGUUCCGAAAACGCUAUUAAAACACACCAGAAAGACUUAUGAGCCUUUCGUGUAUUUGCUUUAUCGAUUUUUCAGCGAAGAACCGUUCAAAAAACCUCGACUUUGGAGCGACCGUGGCCGACAGACUCUCUACUCGAAUGACAACAUUGGCGGUUGGCAAAAUGAUGAUUCAUGUCUGCUAAAUCGUGUGGAUUUGAACACUAUUAAAUACCAAAGCCUUAAAGGUUUCAAAGGUUUCAACGAAGAUAGAUUUCAAGUGACAGAACUCUCGGCAGACACUUUAUUCCUGGGCGUUUUUGAUGGUCAUGGCGGUUCGUUUGUUGUCGAUUUUGUGCGUAACAAUCUGCAUUUGUACGUAAAAAAAUUCCUCGAUCAAGGCCGGUGUUCUCUUACUACAGCAUUGCGGAGAGGGUUUAUAGAUUGUGACGUGGCCUUGGCUAGGGAAUUAGACAAAAUCGAUAACAAGGAACAGACAAUCCGUUCUGGAUCGACUGCCACUGUUGCUGUUUUAAAGAAUGGUGAAGAAUUGGUGGUAGCAAGCGUCGGUGAUAGUCGCGCCAUUUUAUGUAGAGAGGGUGUAGCACACCUACUUACUAAGGAUCACACACCAUCAUCAACUGAUGAAAAGAACAGAGUGCUAGCCAAUCGUGCUUCAGUUGAAACUGAUGGUUUCAUGACACCUCGUGUUAAUGGUCGUUUAUCAAUGACAAGGUGCUUUGGAAAUUUUGAUCUUAAACCAUUUGGUGUUAUUGCUGUUCCUGAAAUUCAAACGCUUACAAUUAAUCAGGACACUGACAGUUUCCUAGCGUUGAUCACUGAUGGAAUUUCUGCUGUAAUGAACACAGAUCAGACAGUGAAUAUAUUGAAUGGUUCGUUAGAGCCUGAGGAGUCUGUCGAGAUGCUAACGACAUGUGCGGUGCAGUUUGGCUCAGAGGAUGAUGUCACUGUGAUACUCCUGCCGUUCAGGUCAUUUGGAAUGAGGUCGUUUGAGGGCAAUCAAUAUAAUCAUUCCUUGACAAGUUUUAGAAGUGGUUUAACAAAAUAUAUGUAAAUAAUAAGAUAAUUGUAUAAAUUUUAAAG